AAGUUGUUCGUAAUGCCCUCAUCCUAUCCAUGUCUACUGGGAUUGUCAAAGGAGUCGAGCGAGCCAUAUCCUGGAGCAGCUGGCGAGCGGAGAUCCUCUUCCGCACGGAUUUCAAAGCAAGGUCUGUCAGUAAGAAAGCUCGCAAAGCGGCUGACGCACAGGUGAUUGGGCACUUCACAGUCCCACAGAGAACAGACGCUGAAUGGUUUUGACAGAUGUCCUGUCUGCAGCAUGCAUUGUGGCGUCACAGCUAGUGUCCCGAUGUGGAGCGUAAUAACCGCACCUGCCGGGUGGGAAGUUCGGGACUAGCCUUGGCUAUGCCAAAGGAAUAACUCUCUUCACCCAGACACUUACAUUGGCAGCGCGCUGACAACUGCAUGGGUCAGAGGAGCUGAAGCCCACAGCAAUGGCCGACAUAUGAGAGCACGGCGACAAACCCCGGGCAGCCGUGGAAAGGAGCAUGCAAGUGGGGGCCACCACAGCACCUGGAGUGGGUGGUGUUCCAUAUCACGCUGAGCGAUUGAGGGUGCCUGCCUGCAUUCCUGACUGGAUGGAUGGAGGGCCCCAAGACUAGGAGAUGUGUCCAGCCAGGAGAACAGGGCGAGAACUUGCCACAGCCACCAGAGAGGCACCCAGUGUCCUCUAGUGCGGAGAGUGACGUGGAGGGCCACAGCGAUGGGGACCAGCCAGGUAGACCUCAGCAGCAGCAGAGCGAGCCUCUCACCCAGCCUGGCCCAGACAAACCCUCACGGGCCACUUCAUGUAGGGACAUGGCAUCUCUGCUACACAUGCCACCCGCUGAAGUGAGAGUACGGCGUAGUUUGCUGAACCUGCCCAUGAUCAACCAUGAGAGGCUACGCAUGGCCCGCGCGGUGGUGGACAAAGCCCUAAAAAUGCGGAGGACGUUUUCCAUCCAGGGCCCGUACCCCGUGGUGCGGGCCGCCCUCAGGGCACGCGGGUGGGUGGAGCGCCGUCUCCCACGAGCUAAUAGGCAAGUGGUGCGGCGGCGCGGGGACGACGAAGAUGACACCAAUGACGGGGACGACAGUGGGGACGAUGACGAUGACGAUGAUUGUACAGAGGAUAGUGACAAAGAUGACGUUGACGAUUUGCAUAACCUGAUGUCACGUCUGGUGAGGAAUGAAUUAACAUACUUCUACUGGACGACGCGCAGAGAUACAAUUGACACGCGCAUACUGCGUAAAGAGCAGAUGACCAAUCACUUUGCCAAGGCUGGAACCUUCACCACCAAGGUUGGUCUCUGUGUUAACCUCAGAAACCUGCAGUGGUUUGAUGCAGCUGACCCGGAUAGCUUCUUCCCGCGCUGCUACAGGCUGGGGGCUGAAGAUGAGAAACAUGCCUUUAUAGAGGACUACAGGAGAACAGCUUGCACAAAUUUGCUUCAGUUCCUGGUGGAGAAAAGUCACAGCACCGGAGGAGUCAGGAGCAUGGCAGAGUCAGAAGUGGAGUCCGUUUUUAAUUUAGCAGACAUAGCACAAUUAGCCAAAAAGCCUUUCAAAAGACCUGCGUUGUCACUUGUGAGCGCAAGAUUCAUUGAGAGUGCGUUGCAAGUGUGCCAGGACUUUCUGGACAGCCUGGAGCACAAUGAUAUCGAUAUCUCCAUGGAAACGCCGCCCACCAUGACCGAGCAAGAGUGGUUGGAGUUCAUCCACAACUACUACCUGGUAGUCCAUGAUGGUGCAGAGGUGGAGGUCAAAGGUCACCACGUGAGGGCAUGCAAGGACAUGCUGCACAGGCUGCAAGAGGUGUGCCCACAGCUGGAUACGGACGGGGUCCAUAACAUCUGGAUCGUCAAGCCUGGCGCCAAGUCUCGUGGCAGAGGCAUCAUGUGCUCCAAGCGGCUUGACGAGAUCCUGAAGCUGGUGGACAGCGACCCCACGCUGAUCAAGGACAGCAAGUGGGUGGUCCAGAAGUACCUGGAGCGCCCUCUGCUGGUCCAUGGGACUAAGUUCGACCUGCGCCAGUGGUUCCUGGUCACCGAGUGGAACCCGCUCACCAUCUGGUUCUACAAGGAGUGCUACCUCCGUUUCUCCACGCAGCCCUACUCGGUGGAGACCAUGGAGAAUUCCGUGCACCUCUGCAACAACUCCAUCCAGAAGCACUUCCAGCCCUCGCAGCAGCGGCACCGGGCUGUGCCUGAGGACAACAUGUGGUCGUGCGAGCAGUUCCGCUGCUACCUGGAGCGGCAGGGCCUGGGCGCCAAGUGGUGGGACGUGGUGGUGCCCGGCAUGAAGUCGGCGGUGGUGCACGCGCUGCAGACGGCCCAGGACCUGGUGGAGUCGCGGCGGAGCAGCUUCGAGCUGUACGGCGCCGACUUCAUGCUGGGCCGGGACCUGCGGCCGUGGCUGCUGGAGAUCAACGCCAGCCCCACCAUGGCGCCCUCCACCUCGGUCACGGCCAGGCUGUGCGCCGCCGUCCAGGAGGACACGCUGCGGGUGGUGCUGGACCGCAGGGUGGACCGUAACGCCCACACGGGAGGCUUCGAGCUUAUAUACAAGCAGGCAGCAGUGGAUGUGCCCCAAUACGUGGGGAUGAAUCUGCUCAUCGAAGGCUCCCAGGUCAGGAAGCCACGCCCUCCAGCCCCGAAGCCCCCAGAGCGUCGCCGCCCACCGAUCCCCAAAGAGAAUGAGAAAGACAAGCCCGACAAAGACAAGGCUGAGAAAACGCGCCCCGAGCAGGCGCGCCCCGAACAGACACGACCCGAGCAAGCGCGCCCCGAGCAGACGCGCCCCGAGCGCGCCCCAAGCCGGAAAUUUUUCAAGUCAGUGACAGAGCUGACGUUCACCAAUGCCAAGGUACCGCCCUCGCCCGCCCUGGUGGACAGGCGCAGGUUCCCGCACCGCAUCACCCUCACGGAGAACCUGAAGCUGCCCGCCAGGAUGCUGACGCGCUCCCUGGAGGUGCCUUUCCGGAAGCCGUUCCUCUGCGGACACCCGGUGAGGCCUCGCUCGGGGCGCGCGCGCGUCACAGAGUUAACCCUGAGCCCCACGCUUCCCCUAGAGGUCUUCAGUCUACACGACUCGGACAGGAUCCGCACUGUGGUCAUCCCCACCCCCCUCAUCCCCGAGCCUGCCGUCCGCUACCAGACAUUCUCACAGCACUACCGCAGAGUGUUGAGAGUCGCCUGCAUGGGACGAAACAUGCAAAAAAUAUGACGUUCAGACUCAGAGACGAGUCGACUUGCUAUUAAAAAAGACUUUUGCACAUAUUGCUACUAUUGUAUAAAACCACUGUACCUCACUGCAGGGCUGCUGACAGCUUUGGCUGGGCCCAGGACAAAGUCCUCUGAAAGGGUCCCCCCACCCAAUACAUUCAAUGUAAUGAGGACCCAAUUAUGGGCCCCCCAUCUCCCUGGACCUGUAAUAACUGACCCCUUUGCUCCCCCUUGUCCGCUUCCCUGCUCACUGCAAUAAAGUAUCAUGCAACCAAACACGAG